GUGUGUGUGUCUAGUCUAAGGAGCAAACUAGUUGAACAACUACAUUUGCUUUGUCAAACAUUACAUUAGACAUACAAGUACCUCCCUCACAGGAAGCUCUACUGCAGUUUGUGAGCAGAUGCUGAGGCCUUCACGCUUGUGCCAUGUAGACGCGUCGGGCUCAUCUUAAUCCUAUCCAUCAUGUCCAUCAGCAUCAACGUGAGGAAGGUCUUCAACUUGCCGGGACAAGGCCCCAGAAGAGUGGAGCUCUCGUUUCGAGGUUUCACCCAAAAAACCAGAGUGGUGCAGAGCGAGGGCGUGGCCGUGUUUAACGAGUUCUUUCGUUGGCCUCACUAUGGAAAAGUGAUUCGAAAUGAAGUGUUGACCAUCAGAGUUUACAACUUCAGUAAAGUCUUCUCCAACCGACUUCUGGGCAAGCUGGUUGUGGGUCUGGAGCAUAUCGUUACAUCAGGGAGGCUUUUACUACGGGAACCGCUCACUGAUGCCAACCAUCUCCUCACGGAUAUCUACACCGAGUUAGACAUUCGCUACCAUCCAGUGGAGGGUGCGGCAGGAGGAUGGGAGGGUCAAGACUUCGUGGAGCAAAAGGAUGAAUUGUCGCUGGUCAUCAUGAAUGAAGGAUUUGCAGAGCCAGACAGCUUGCAGAUUCUGAGUCAGUCGGAAAGAGAGCUGGAGAGAGAGGCUCGUCGUCUGGGACGGAACCUCAUUCAGUCCGUGGGUGGCGAUGAUGAUGAUGAAAACUAUGAUGAUGACGAUGAUGAUGAAGAUGACGACUUGGAGGCAUCUGACCUCAUCUUCACUCCUUUGAUGAGUCGUAGCAGGCCUCUCUCCAGGCGUGUUGUUGCAGCGACACCAAGAGUUCAGAACUUCCAGGUAAACAUCAACAUCCUGGAAGCUCAGAAGCUGGCUGGAGUCAACAUCAAUCCUGCAGUCUUCGUCCGAGUGGGAGAGCAGAAGAAAAACACCACCACUCAGAAGUCCACUAACUGUCCCUUCUACAACGAGAACUUCCAGUUUGAGUUCCAGGAGACCCCAGACAUCCUCUUUGACAAAGUAAUUGAGAUAAAGGUGUUCCACCGACGAACGCUGGCCUUUCUGAUGACACACAUCGGAACCUUCAAGAUUGACAUCUCCACCGUGUUCAGCCAGCCAGACCACCGCUUCUACCAGAAAUGGGCUCCUCUCACCGACCCGGCUGACACCAGGUCAGGGGUUAAAGGUUACGUUAAGGCCACUGUCAGUGUGCUGGUGAAGGGCGAGGCUCUCAGCCCCAGCCUGCCCCCGGCCACACCCACCGCCAGCGAGGAUGUGGAGAAGAACCUGAUGCUUCCUCGCGGUAUACCCUCGGAGCGCCCCUGGGCUCGGUUUCGUGUCCGCAUCUACAAAGCAGAAGGUCUUCCCACUAUGGACUCGGGGCUGAUGGCCAAAAUGUCCAAGGUCACCGAUCGAACAGUCUUCAUUGACCCUUACGUCCAAGUGACCUUUUCUGGGCAACAGGGGGAGACGUCAGUCGCUAGCGCCACCAGCUGGCCCGUUUGGAACGAGGAGAUCUCCUUCAUUGAGCAGUUCCCUCCACUGGCCCAGAGAAUCAGAGUCCAGGUCCUUGAUGACACCAAGAUGGGUGAUAUCGCUUUGGCAACACAUUUCCUGGACCUGAAGCAGAUUUCGGACCCUACCAGGAAUGGUUUUAAUCCCACCUUUGGACCAUGCUGGGUUAACCUGUAUGGUUCUCCUCGAAACUCCACACUUGGAGAUGUCCACCAGGCAUUGAACCAGGGCCUUGGAGAAGGAAUCUUCUACCGUGGUCGAAUCCUCCUUGCGCUCUCUGUAGAGAUUUACUCUUCGCCGUCUGCUGUCGCCACUGACACAAGCUCCACGUUGCCUUUGGUGAAAGGAACUCUGGGAAGGUUCGCACUGAGGAAGAAGAAAGGCAGCAAGAAGGAGAAGGAGAAGAAGAAGAAGAAGAAAGAAGCUUCCAGCAGGUCGCCUGACGAGUCAGGUGAGGCAGGAGUUGAGGUGCCGGAGUCUGUUGCUGUGGAAAUUGAGGAAAUCCACCCGCUGCCGGAGGGUUUUCUGGGUGAGAGAGAAGACUUUCUCCUGUUUACAUCUCUGUUUGAAGUCACCAUGAUGGAUCCAUCUGUAGGCACCAGACCAGUAACCUUUGAACUCUCCAUCGGAAACUAUGGCAAGGUGGUGAAGGUUGGAAGAUCCAACAAGAGUCAGAGCAGAGAGGAGCUGAGAAGAAGCAGGGAUGAUCUCAGCGAGGAGGGCCAAAGUCUUCUGGAGACCGAGGAGGAGCUGGACAAGGAGGAGGUGCUGAGUCCUGAACCUGAAAACAGAUCAUUGUCUCACCCGAUGAGGCCGGAGCCCACCGAGUAUGACAGGUCAUUCCAGUACAUCCCCCUGCAGGCCCCCGCUGAGAAACAUAAGCCAUGUCUGUUUGUCUGGUGUCAAUUUGAAGACCACAGUUUUCGUCUGUACCAGGCUAACUGGAUCAGCAAGAUGGCCGAUCGGCUGGAGAUUGGCUUGGAUGAGGUGGUGCGUCUCCAGAGGAGGCCAAAGAGUAACGUGAAGAAGCUUCUGCUACACGUCCUGCUGGAGCUGAUCACUUCCUGCAAACAGUUCCGACUGUUCUCAGACCGGCGCUCGCAAUUUCGUCCCAACAAUCUGGACGCACGCAGGAAGGAGUUCAUUAAGAAGAAUUUGGUGGCGGUGGCCAGACAGGCAAUGAGAGCCAGACAGAGGAUCACCAGGCGGUCACUCAAACAACAACUCAUGGGCGUAAGGAAACUCCUGUCCAAAUUACGACACUUGGCAAAAGAGCCCCAAAACACCAUCCCUGAUGCCUUUUUGUGGUUACUGAGUGGAAGCAAGCGAUUGGCCUACGUCAGGAUCCCCGCCCACUCCAUUGUCUUCUCAUUGGUUGAGGACCAGAAGGGACGGGAUUGCGGUCGGGUCACGACACUCUACAUGAAGUCUCCAGGAAGCUCAACAAGUGAGCUCUUCGCCAAGCUGGAGGUCUACCUGUGGCUGGGACAGGCCAAGUACAGUAAAGACGCCAUUAAUUCACUUCCAGAAGAGUUUCUACCAAUCUACGAUGAACAGGAGGAGAUGCCCGUGAUCUCCACAGGGACCAGGAGGAGGCUCCCUGUUAGUCUGUCCUGUCAGGAUAGCAGGUACUUCCAGCUGCGAUGUCACAUGUACCAAGCACGUGGCUUAUUGGCGGCGGAUGAUGACGGCCUAUCAGAUCCCUUCGCCAAGGUCCUCUUCUCCACACAGUGUCAGCUCACCAAGGUGUCACUAGACACACUCUCUCCGGCAUGGUCCGAGUGUCUAUUGUUCGACCGCGUGCUGCUAGAGGGAACGAUGGCAGACCUUCAACAAGACCCUCCCCUGGUCAUCAUCCACAUCUACGACUAUGACGCCCUGGGCAGUCCCAAGCCUCUCGGCCGCGCUUACGCCGAGCCUGAGUUCAAACCGGUGGACAUGCUCUAUCAGAAGCCCCGCCUCUGUUUCUAUGACAUCAGCAUGGGGCGGACCCCUGCUGGCGAGCUGCUCGCCGCCUUCGAGCUCAUUGAGCUGGACUAUUCCUCCUUUGGAGAGCCCACUCUGCCCAGCAGCGUGGACCCUCAGGAGCUGACCUACCUGGAAGAACAGCGUUCGUACGACAUACCACAGGGGGUCCGACCUGUCCUGAGGAACUUCAGAAUUGAGGUGCUCUUCUGGGGUCUGCGGGAACUGAAGCGAGUGCAGCUCUUUGAGGUAGAACGCCCCAUGGUGAGAGUGGAGUGUGCUGGAUGCCAGUUGGAGUCGGAAGAGAUCGAGAACUUCAAGGAGCAUCCCAACUUCAAGGAGCUGAGCCGUUUCCUCAAUGUGAAGCUGCCGGAGCAGGCGUACCUCCAUCCUCCCCUCACGGUUUUCGUGGUGGAGCACAGAGCUUUCGGUCGGCAAGUCCUGGUUGGGACCCACAUUGUCCAGAGUCUCAUGGACUAUGCCCCGCCAGAGCUAGGGGAGGAGACAGAGGAGGAAGAGGAGGAGCCUAAACCAAAAGUGAAGAAGCCUCCAGGAAAGACCAACACACUGAAAACCCUGAGGAAGAUCACCCUCAGCAACCUGUCAAUCAAAGAGUCAUUGAUUCCCAACAACGCCAUCAACCUUAUCAAUGCUCCUCUGAAGAAGCUAGCACAGGUGAAGCAGGAGGAGCUGGAGGAGGACAUACCAGAAGACGAGGAGCUGGACUGGUGGUCCAAAUAUUAUGCUUCUCUGGAGGAGUUGGAGAAACAGGCUGCCGAGGAACUGAAGAAGAAGGAGCAAGAAGAACAAGCAGAAAGAGAAGCCCAACAUGCCACGACCGCCGACUCUGAAGAAGCUGAGGUGGACGCGGUGGUGGUGCAGAUUGAUCCUCCUAAACGCAAGAAGAUAGCCACACUGACGCUGUAUGCAGGUGAUCUGGAGUCACAUUUCAGUCAGUUUCAGGACUGGUUACAGAUCUUUCCGCUCUUUAAAGGCCGAGCAAACAGUGAGGAUGCUGACGAGGAUGAAGAGGAGAGGCUCAUGGGAAAAUACAAGGGUUCCUUCCUGGUCUACCCAAUAGACUCAGAUGAUGAAGAUGACCCCAAAUGUGAGAUCACUAAAGGGAUCCCCCAAAAUUCGCCCUUCAGAGUCCUGGUGCGGAUCUACAUCAUCAAGGGCACCAAUCUGACUCCCACAGACCCAAACGGAAAAGCAGACCCAUACCUGGUGGUCCGAAUCGGGCAACAGACUCAAGACACUAAAGACCGCUACAUCCCUAAACAGCUCAACCCCGUCUUUGGAGAGGUCUUCGAAUUGACUGUGUCCUUCCCACUGGAGACAGAGGUGCUCAUCAGGGUGCUGGACCACGACAUAGUGGGCUCUGAUGACAUCAUCGGAGAGACUCGGGUCGACCUGGAGAACCGUUUCUACAGUCGCCACCGGGCUUGCUGCGGCCUGGCGCUUUACUAUGACACCGAGGGCUACAACACGUGGCGCGAUGCGAAGAAGCCGACUGUCAUUUUGUCAGAACUCUGCAAGAAGAACGGCAUCCCGUCUCCAGAAUACAGACCAUUCGAGGUCAAGGUCCUCAACAAGAUCUUCAAGAUCCCAUCAGAUGCUGUACCUGAAGAUCUGCUGAAGAAGAACCAGCGUUCUCCUCAGGAGGAGGAGCAGAUGGAGGAGCACGCGGCCCUCAGCGUGUUACGACGCUGGGGGGAGAUGAGCGAGUUCCUCCCCGGAGCUGUCCCUCUUGUGCCGGAGCAUGUGGAGAUCAGAUCCCUGCUGAACCAGGACAAACCUGGACUGCCGCAGGGCUACCUUCACAUGUGGGUGGACAUGUUUCCUACUGACGUUCCAGCCCCACCGACCGUUGACAUCAAGCCCCGCCUACCUUUACAGUACGAGCUGCGUGUCAUCAUCUGGAACACUGACGAUGUUUUUCUGGACGAUGUCAACCCGUUCACCGGCGUGCCGUCUUCUGACAUCUACGUUAAAGGAUGGAUUAAAGGAAUGGAAGGAGACAAGCAGGAGACGGAUGUCCACUUCAACUCUCUGACUGGGGAGGGAAACUUCAACUGGAGAUUCGUCUUUGGAUUUGACUACCUGCCCACUGAGAAAGAGGUGGUCUACAAGAAGAAGGAGUCCAUAUUUUCUUUGGAGGAGACCGAGUUUCGGCAGCCGGCGGUCCUCACGCUGCAGAUCUGGGACUACGACCGCAUCUCGGCUAAUGACUUCCUGGGCUCCAUCGAGCUUCGCCUCAGCGACAUGGUGCGGCCCGCAAAGUCGUCCGGCAAAUGCACAAUCCAGAUGGCCAAGGACCGUGCCACCCCGCGGGUCUCCAUAUUCCGCUCCAAGAAGAUGAAGGGCUGGUGGCCACUGACCCGUCAGAAGACAGCUGAGGACUUUGAAAGGGAGGAGAAACAAGCAGCCCAGAAGAAAAAGGAAAGUAAGAAGAAGAAAAACAAGAUGAAGCAGGAGGACGUCCAGUUCACCGACAGCAGCGGGAACAUCUACCUACUCAUGGGUAAGGUGGAGGCGGAGCUCCAGUUGGUGACUUUAGAGCAGGCUGAGGCUAAUCCAGUUGGACGAGGACGCAAAGAACCAGAACCUCUGGACAAACCAAACCGUCCCACCACCACCUUCACGUGGUUUGUCAACCCCAUGAAGACCUUCAUCUUCCUCAUCUGGGGGAAGUUCAAGAAGUUCAUUCUGACCCUGGUCAUCCUGGUCGUGGUGACUCUCUUCCUAGGCCUCCUGGUCUACACGGUACCCGGGCAGAUCAGCAGCCUCCUCAUCCGAGGAUGAAGAAGGUGUCCAGACCUCAUGAUGAGGUUUUCAUGACAGGCUUUUUUUUCCCUGGCAUGUGUUGAAGUUAUAGGAGUGAGUAAUAUUUCAUACA